CCCCACAUUCAUUAUUCUGGACUUUGUCUGAUCGCCUCGGUCAACAUGCCUGAACCUGCCAAGUCUGCGCCCAAGAAAGGUUCCAAGAAAGCCGUCACCAAGGUUGCGGGAAAACAAGGAAAGAAGCGAAAGAGGGGCAGGAAGGAGAGUUACGCCAUCUACGUGUACAAGGUACUGAAGCAGGUCCAUCCCGACACCGGGAUCUCCUCCAAGGCUAUGAGUAUCAUGAAUUCGUUCGUUAACGACAUCUUCGAGCGAAUCGCUUCCGAGGCUUCCCGCCUGGCUCACUACAACAAGCGCUCGACCAUCACGUCCAGAGAGAUCCAGACCGCCGUGCGUCUCCUGCUUCCCGGUGAGCUGGCCAAGCACGCCGUGUCUGAGGGGACCAAGGCUGUAACCAAGUAUACUAGCUCCAAGUGAACUGUCUCGUCAACACCUCAACCAAAAGGCUCUUUUAAGAGCCACCCACCUUCAUCAAAGAGUUUUACUUCGUGUGUGAGUGUGUGUGUAUAAAAGACGGAAGAUGAGCUUUUAUCACGCACUAGGUUUUUACCCUAAAUUAACAGUAUAUCCCUG